GUUAACACAUGGGAAACAUUGCUGCCGACACAUGUGCACAAAUCGCGACGAUCUCAGAAGCUGGCUAGACAUUGUUUGUACAUUUACCCUUCGUAGUGAGAGAAAUCUCUUCCCUCUAACUUUGGAAAACGACAGACUGUCAGAAAUCCAGUGAAUUGGUCUUGUUAUCAGGAGGGAGUCAGUAAGUUAUUUCACCAUCAAGCUUUUCACCAGCAAAAACUGAGGAGCAUUGCCUCAGGAGCGUUCUGGGUAUGGAGAAAAUUUUACGAGGUAUUAUCAAGUACAAAGCAAACACACAGGGUAACUUCUUGGUGCAAUGGGCAACGUUAGCUCAGAAACAACAUGUGAAGCCUCCGAUUCUCUUCAUCUCGUGUAUUGAUUCUCGCGUCCUACCCACUCACUUCUGCCAAACCAGCCCCGGUGACAUGUUUCUUUUGCGCAAUGCUGGUAACGUGAUCCCGCAGGCCAACUAUACACAGGGAGAAUACACACAGUCGAGCUCUGAGGUUGUGGCGUUGGAGAUUACGUGCAAUCGUUCUAAGGUGGAACAUGUUGUUGUCUGUGGACACUCGGACUGCCAGGCGCUCUAUGCGGCCUACAGUCACUAUAGAGAGAGGGAAGGUAAGAAACCCAUCACGCAAGUCAGCCAGCUCAUUCAUCAAUGGAGUCGCACCCACGGAGUAGAAGCCAGCUUGAACAAGAUCCAGGAUCUUAGUGCUAAGACACCUGAAGGAGGCACCAUGACAUUUGAUGUUGGUGCAAAGCCACUCGAGGCUUACUUCCAGGACUUUGAUAUUGCAGAGGAAAAGAGCUUGCUAGAUAAGCUAUCAAAGGUCAGUGUCCUCCAACAAUUAGAACAUCUGUCAUCCUAUCAUUCCAUUCGGCGUCGAGUCAUUGAUGGCUCCCUGUCACUCCAUGGCAUGUGGUAUGACAUUGCUAUCGACAAGAUCUACUGGUUUAGCAGGCAGCGUAAGGUGUUUCUGGAGAUCAAUGAAGAAAACAUUGACGAGAUUGUUCGCUCCUGCCAGCCGUCAGUCGCAGAUAAAGCCAGUCAAAAUGACAUUGGACAUAAGAUACCCAGUUGAGUUAGAGAGGUGAAUCGAGUCACGAGUCACCAAUGAAUGGACCGUCUUAAGAAGUCUGACGCUCUCUGUACUGGCGAGUAAUGAAGUAAAAGUUUAGGUGUCUUUCAACAGUGAACACCACCCCCAAUUGACAGACAGAGUCCAGCCCUGUACAUGUCUGUCAAGAUGUCCUUUGCAUCGGAUACCAUCAGUUUUUCAACUACAGUAUAAAUGUACAAAAACUGCUCGUCUUAACUGAAAUCUUGUAACACCCGAGCUAGUAGUAUGCAUUUGUUCCCGUAUAGGAAUGUGCACAACUCAGUCGAACUGGCAAAAUGUGCGCAUCUAAACUUGAGUCUCAUCUUACCCGAGCUUGUGUUACCGAGAGUUGAUUGUACAUGUAUGUAAAUGUACCUCUGAAAAUACUUCUUGUUCAUAGUACAGAGUUUAAAGAAACAAGAAAAUGAACUUGUAUGUAUAAAAAAAACACUAUAAAUAUUGUUUUACAGCGUAAGUGAGGGCAAUUGUGGUUAAGAUACUAAUUCCAAAGUUGUAAAUUGAAAGGGAAACAGGUGCAAAAAAACUGCCAGUAAUAACCAAGCUACAAUAUCAGUCAGUUGAAAUAUCAAAAUAUCUGCAGGAAAUAACUGAUGUCUAUUAUUUAAAGUGAAAUAGAAUGUUAAUUUGGUUUUUAUGCCUCCAACUUUGGAUGUUUUGAAUUGUAUUGCUGUAUGACAAAUUGGUCAUUCUUAAUUGUUAUUCGUUGGUGACUUGAGGGAAGACCAGUACUUUAAUGGGCCACAUCAGAGUUCCUUUUGCAGAGAUGCAUUUGUUACACUGGGUUAGUUUCUGCUUUGAAUGGAUAACAUUGUGGUUUACGUCUGUCCUGGGUUUUACAAGAACCUAUCUAAAUGACGAAACCCCCUUUUAUUUUUUGCUAAAAAGUCUUGCUUGAUAUCAAGAUAUUGCCUCUGCUGGUGUCAGAGUGACCCAUCUCCCUGGUAUCGGCUUUGAGCAGAAGCACCCCCUCAUCGAUUGAAAAGAGCCAUGUUGGUGUGGAAAGAGUUCACUCAUAGGUUGAAGAGAGCCAUGUUGCUGUUGGGAGAGUUCUUUAAUUGUUUGAAAAGAGCCGUGCUGGUGGGGAGAGUUCAUUUUGUUAUUGGCCAUGUGACUGUAAAGCGUGCAUAGUCAUUUGUGAGCCCGGGAAGUGCGGUUAACCACCAAAGAAACUUCUGUUGCUGGGAAAAUUGCGCCCUCUCUUCAACCAGUAUAAUAACUCAUCAUGUGCAUGUUUUUGUGGUCAUAACCAAGAACUGCUUCGGUUGUUUCUCUUUUGUUAAUCGCUUUAAGGGUUUGAGUAUUACAUAAUCACGGUUCAUUCUUACCCAAAUAAAAUUACCCAAGAAAAUCUCUGAAGAAUUACAGGGGAACCAGUUCUUGGUUAAGACCGCCAAAAUUCGCCCAAGUAUGCACUUCUAGUAUGUUCUUUCCCUCGUUAGUUAAUGUAUCUGGAAUACAGCGACAGGACUGAAUGAUUUUGGUUUACAUUAUACCAACUGUAUCUAUUACUAAACUCUGUUUAUUUAUUUUUUCCUGGGCCAGUGUCAGUAUAAUACAUGUGCACCUGUAUUACUAUUAACAUUUAAUUCUUAUUUCUGAGAAGUAUUAAUAGUUUUAUUCUUGAGAAAUUAUGGUAACACCAAAAAGUAAUUAUGUGCUGUUUGUAAGCCAUGUACAAAGUUUGAAGUACAUUGCCAUAUCUUUUGGUUCUUUCCUUAGUCAUCUGCUGGUUUAUUAUCUAAACAAUUUUUUGUUUCAAUUUUUUCUUUUUGGACAGAUCAUUCUGUGUGUCAUGCAGAUGUGUUCUUUUUUUUUUCAAGAGCGCCCUCAUCCGAACAAUUUAGCUAGUUCCAGUUUUAGAAUCUAUUCCUGGAGUUUUUUUCGGAUGGGAUAAACUUUAUGUUGCCCCACCCCUUACCCCCCCCCCUUUAAUCUACAAUCUGUAUUGGCAAACACCUUAGAAGUUCGUCUGUUGACAAACUUGUGGACUUGCAGAUAUUCUUGGACCCAGCUUGUCGACUGGUUAUCUUCCAGCAGGUGGAUUGUUCCACCUGUUCACAAACUGGCCAGUUGGCUUGCUGCCAAACUGCUUCCUCUGCUGGUAAAUCGAGAAAAAAAACUGAGCCUGGUAAACACGUUGAACUAUGGAUAAAUAGAAACCCAACAACUCUAAGAAAUGUGGAGUGUCAUUCCAAACAAGUUGUUCCAUGAUGUGUUGAAAAUAAUUGAUUAGUCCAAUACCAAACGACAAAAUCCAUUGACUAACUGAAUUUAAUUUAAUUUUAUUGAGCUUUAUAAGCAAGUCUUACAUUGAUAUUUGGAAUAUAUUAAAUGCUUAAGCAUACAUGUAAAAACUGGAAGACGCUAGACCCGAAAAGAUUUGACGUCACGAUAAAAGAUUAUAAUUUUGUACAAAUGGCAAAAACUAAAGAUAAACGUUACGGUUACCUUCUGAAUUUUUCUUCACCAACUUUGUAUCAAUACUGAGAUUGCAUGAGAAAUAAUUGGUUUAAUUUUGUAAUUGCUUUAGCCAAAAUACUAAUACAAAACAACCAAUUUAAUAAAGAUAUAGACAAUGAAUUAUUAAA